AUGUCACAACAUCAAAAUACAUCUGCUUCAAAAAAUACCAAGUCUACUCCAAAGGUUAGUGCUCCUCCCAUGGGCAUCCCUGAUGAUGAGAUUCUGGAUGUUGCUCCUCUCUCUGUUAUUCCCGGCGCGGAUAUUAAUUUGAACCAACCCAUCUCCAUUGAUGUCUCAGCUUCUACAUGCUCCAAUCAAGGAGAUACACACUACACUGAUCGUGUUAUAAGAGACCUAGUCACUAGAAUUCUUAAUAAAGGCCACUCUAUGAAGGGGGUUUCUACUCCCCUUUCUCAAAUGUACCCCUCUCCUGAGGUUGAACAACAUAGUGAUAAGGAUGACGAUUCCUCCAGUUCUGACAAGGACUUGGCUGCUGAAGGGUUGCGCUCUCUAGGGAAGACCAUGUCUGAGAAAGGGAAAUCUCUGGCUUCUCACACUGCUAAUGCUUCCCACUAUGAGAAGCAUGAUGAUGCAAAUGUUGUGAUUGAUCUAGAGGAUGGUAGCUCUGAUGAUCAAGAGGAAAUCUUGAUUCAUCACAUGAAGCCAAGUGUGGCUAAACGCAUGAAGACUCGCAAAGGAAAAUAUGUGGCUGAACUUAUGUCAGCUAGAAAAGCCAAGAAGAUUGCUGGUAUUGGUCCCUCCAAACCAUGGAGCAAGGUUGAAGUAAAGAAGAGGAAGGUCAGAGAUGAUUCUGAGCCUGAAGAGGAUGUUGAGGAAGAUGUCCCUGACAUCUCGCCUGUGAAGAAAACCACUGUUAGGAAGUCUCCUGGUAAAGUCCUUGUUGUUCAUUUGGAUAAUAUCUCCUUCCAUCUUGAGGAUGGAGCUGCUAAGUGGAAAUUUGUGAUUCAGAGAAGGGUAGCUGCGGAAAGGGAGUUGGGAAAAGAUGAUGCUGAUGUCAAGGAGGUCAUGGACCUGAUAAAAGUUGUUGGGUUGUUGAAAAAUGUUGUUGGGUUCUCUCCAUGCUAUGAAGGUUUAGUUAAGGAAUUUAUUGUUAACAUUCCUGAGGAUAUUGCUGAUAAGAACAGCAAGGAGUUCUGCAAGGUGUAUGCGAGGGGUAAGUGUAUAACAUUCUCUCCUACUGUUAUUAAUAAUUUUCUAGGCAGAAAAAUUGAGGGUGCAGGAGAAUUAGAAGUUACAGACAAUCAAGUAUGUAGGGAGAUUACAGCUAGGCAGGUGAAAGUUUGGCCUGUUAAAAAGCAUCUUCCUGCUGGGAAGUUGACUGUCAAGUAUGAUAUCCUGCAUAAAAUAGGAGCUGCCAACUGGGUCCCUACCAACCAUAUCUCCAACAUUUCUAAUACUAUUGGGAGGUUUAUUUUUGCUGUUAGAACAAAAGUGAAUUUUGACUAUGGUAGAUUUAUGUUUGAACAAAUCAUCAAGCAUGCAACUACUAAUGCAAUUAAGCUGCCAAUUGCCUUUCCCUCUAUGAUCUAUGGUAUUAUCUUGAAUCAACAUCCUGGUAUUCUAUGCUCUAAUGACUUACCUAGUAGAAGAAAACCUGCUCUGUCUGUGCACUACAAACUGUUUGAAGGAAGUCAUGUCGAGGAUAUUGUCCUCACAUCUUCCAUGAAGAGGUCGGCCUCAAAAGUUGGAGCUAUUGCUAAGCUUAAGGAGACAUACAAAGAGCUAGGUGAAGGGAUAAGGAUAGCCACAGCUAGAAAAUAA